AUGGGCGCCGGAGACGACAAGCCCGGUUCAACCUACCGGUACAACGAGAAGCCAGUCUACACGACCUCCAAUGGCGCUCCCGUCGAGCACCCGACCAAGUGGCAGCGUGUCGGCAACAGCGCCGGCGGCCCGCUGCUGCUCCAGGACUUCCACCUGAUCGACCUGCUGGCUCACUUUGACCGUGAGCGUAUCCCCGAGCGUGUCGUCCACGCCAAGGGUGCCGGUGCCUUUGGCGAGUUUGAGGUGACCCACGACAUCAGCGAUAUCUGCUCCGCCGAUCUAUUCCAGGGAAUCGGCAAGAAGACGCCUCUUGCCGUGCGGUUCUCGACCGUCGGAGGCGAGAAGGGCUCGCCGGACUCGGCCCGCGACCCUAGAGGUAAUGUUCACUUCCAUGAGAGUUUCGCAAUCAAGUUCUACACGAAUGAAGGCAACUGGGAUCUAGUUGGAAACAACACUCCCACGUUCUUCAUCCGCGAUCCCACAAACUUCCCCGUCUUCAUCCACACGCAGAAGCGCAACCCGCAGACCAACCUCAAGGACGCCACCAUGUUCUGGGACUACCUCUCGACGCACCAGGAGGCCAUCCACCAGGUCAUGAUCCUCUUCUCGGACCGGGGCACGCCGUACUCGUACCGGCACAUGAACGGCUACAGCAGCCACACGCUCAAGUUCACCAAGGCCGACGGCUCGUUCGUCUACGUGCAGGUCCACUACAAGACGGACCAGGGCAUCCGCAACUUCAACAACGAGGAGGCGGGCAGGAUGGCGUCGGAGAACCCGGACUGGCACACCGAGGACCUCUUCGAGGCCAUCAGGCGCGGCGAGCACCCGAGCUGGAGCGUGUACGUGCAGGUCCUGACGCCGGAGCAGGCCGAGAAGUUCCGCUGGAACGUCUUCGACCUGACCAAGGUCUGGCCGCAGAAGGACGUGCCGCUGCGGCCCGUGGGCCGGAUCACGCUCAACCGCAACCCGGAGAACUACUUUGCCGAGAUCGAGCAGCUCGCCUUCUCGCCCUCGCACGUGGUCCCCGGCGUCGAGCCCUCGGCCGACCCGGUCCUGCAGUCGCGCCUCUUCUCGUACCCGGACACGCACCGCCACCGCCUGGGCACCAACUACCAGCAGAUCCCCGUCAACCGGCCGCUGGCGGCCUUCAACCCGUUCCAGCGCGACGGCGCCAUGGCCGUGGACGGCAACUACGGCGCCGUCCCCAACUACCCGAGCACGUACCGCGCGCUGCGGUACCGGCCCGCGGCGAGCGUGUCGCACGAGGAGUGGAUGGGCAAGGUCACGUCGGCGCUGUUCGGCGAGGUGACGCCCGAGGACUACGUGCAGGCGGGCGCGCUGUGGGCGGUGCUGGGCCGCACGCCGGGCCAGCAGGAGGCGCUGGUGCACAACGUGGCGGUGCACCUCUGCGGCGCGCACGAGGCGACGCGGCAGCGGACGUACGGCAUGUUUGACAAGGUCGACGCGGCGCUGGGGCGGCGCAUCCGGGAGGAGACGGAGAAGAAUGUGAAGAAUCCUACCAGUCAGGCUAGUGGAAGGGGCCGCCGGAGGAACCCCACGCAAACGCGGCCGCAACUCGCGCCCAAUCCAGCCAGUCAGGCUCGCCCCCAAGGCUCCACUGAGCCCGUCAUGACCCUUAAAUUCAGCGCUGGCCUGAGCUGGAUCAGUAACUUGACGCAAGGCAAGCGAGGCGCGAGUCUGCGUGACACUCUUGUUAUCAGCGCCGCCCGCAUCACUAUCAACCCCUUCGCGCGCGGCCAUGACACCAUGCUGCUAGGCGACGACCACUGCGACGCCUCGACAGCUGACUCUCGAUUGCCUAUUUGCCCGUUCCACAAGCUCGCCGAUGCGACGCAGCUCUUGGCCUUGUGCUUCCCGCCCGACUCCCGCCCCGAGCCUGUCAUUCACCGCACAUUCGUUCCUGGCCCUCUCUCGGCCUGCGAUUCCCCCGAUCUGCACGCCGACCUCAUCUCCAACUCAUCCACCUGCUCUCCCAGGCGCUGA